GGCAACAUGGGGAAGGCGGAAGUGGGGCCUUGGCUCGGCGGCUGGAGCGUUUCGGCCGAAGGAAGGGAGGCGGCUGGGCGACCGCGCUGCUGAGCCUCCGCAUGACAUGCCCUUUUUCCGAGGCGUUCAUUGUCACGCCGCCCCCCCCUUUUCUUUCCCAACCCCGGGCAUACCGAAGGACACUCCCACCCCCCCACCUCCAGAAAAGCCGUUAUCGGGGAAGGGCGGCCUGGCAGAGCCCCCAGCGGAACGGGUCCGGUUUACCUCGGCAGGAGCUGAUUCCGUGUCUUCGGCAGAAUCAAACUCUUGCCCGACACCCACUUCCCCGUCCCCACCACCCCGCUCGCGUUGUUAAGAGGUGUAGGUUGCUUUGCCAGCAGGAUUUGCCGGAGAGGAUGCAGAGGAAUCUCAACGGGUGUUAGGCAGGGCAAGUGCCAAAUUGUACGGGUGUGGGUGGGGAGAGGUUUUUUUGUUUUUAUUUAAAGCCCGUUAGUCUCCGGUCGGCCUUGGGUGGGAGUGAAAAUCCGGUGGGUAGAGGAUAAAAUCAAAUAUAUAUUGUCUGGAAGUAUGGAAGAGCAGAACUAUCUCUAGGAUUACAGAGGUAUGCUGGAAAUUAACAUUUGGAGAAAAGAAUCUGAAGGGACGGUCAGCUAGGUUAGGGAACCUGGCCCUUUUUGUUUAAUGCUGCUGAAUGAAUAAGAAUCUCAAAAAUGAGAGUUGCUUAGUUCUCUGAAAGGCUCUGUCAGGCUUCCCCGUUGUGAAAAAUACCUUCUGACCCAGUAUUUUAUUUCUGUGGCUAUUGUUACCCAAAAUUUCUCCCCCACCCCUUUGUUACUAUGUUGUCAGAGCAAGCUCAAAAGUGGUUCCCAACUCAUGUGCAGGUCACAGUCCUUCAGGCCAAAGGUCUCAAGCCAAAGGGCAAAAGUGGCACUAAUGAUACAUACACUAUCAUACAAUUGGGGAAAGAGAAAUACUCCACUUCGGUGGCAGAGAAGACCCUUGAUCCAAUAUGGAAAGAAGAAGCUUCGUUUGAGCUGCCUGGAUUGCUGAUGGAAGGGAACUCUGAAAAAUACGUUCUCUACCUGAUAGUCAUGCACAGGUCUCUUGUUGGCCUUGAUAAGUUUCUGGGACAAGUGGCAAUUAAUCUAAAUGAUAUCUUUGAAGACAAACUGAGAAGGAAAACAGAAUGGUUUACUCUCGAGUCCAAGCAAGGAAAACGAACUAAAGACAGAGGCGAGAUAAAAGUCAACAUUCAAUUUAUGAGAAACAACAUGACAGCAAGCAUGUUUGACUUGUCAGUUAAGGACAAAACCAAAUCUCCUUUUGCUAAAUUAAAGGACAAAAUGAAGGGUCGUAAGACGGAUGGAACAUUUUUGGAUACAUCUUCAGCAAUCAUUCCAAGUACUAAUACUCCAGAAACUAACACUAUAACAUCCCUCAAUGAAUUGCAGUUAAAAUCAAAGCCAAAAAAGCCUUUUCUUUUGGGACCUCAACGACUCUCUUUGGCUCACUCAAUGUCUGAUCUAACAGGACCUCAGAUAAUUUCAGAUAAAAUUAAAUCGGAAACAAUUGGCAACUCUUACCUCUUCAGACGUCAGCUUGAGUCUGUUGGUUCUGAGGAUGAAGGUGGAAAUCUAAAGUCUCCACAGAGACGGACAUUAAGUGCAGAUACCACUAAAAUGAGUCAACUGGACAACACAGGUGAUGACAGUGACUCGGCUUUUAUAGCUCAAGAUCCUUUUAUAAAUGUGAGCGCUUCAUUGCCUCAAAAGUUUGCCACAUUGCCAAGACAGAAGAAUCCAUUUGAAGAAAACCCUUUAUCAUGGGGACACAAUGUGGGCUUAUUUUCAAAAUCAGCUGAAAUAAAAAAAGAGAAUAAGAAAGAGAAAAAGGAGAAGGUUAGUCUCUUUGAAAGAGUGACUGGAAAGAAAGAAGGCAAACGAUCAGAUAGACUUAGUAACGGGGGAUCAGAAGGCUCCUCUGAUUUGAAAUCACCCAGUCCUUUUGCUGAAAGUCAUCAGGACAGCUUUGAUUUUGAUUCCACUAAUCCCUUUACUACAAACUUCAAGCCAAAAAAUAUGCUGCUAUCUAGUCUUAAUGUGAAUUCUGAAAACUCUGAAGAAUUUCAAAAAACAAUGGAUGGAAAUCCUUUUGAUGCUGCAACAGGAUAUCGUAAUCUUACAUAUGAAGAGGUCUUACAGGAGUUGAUGAAACACAAAGAACAACUGAAGAAAAAAGAUACCCACAUUCGUGAACUUGAGGAUUAUAUUGACAAUCUUUUAGUACGAGUAAUGGAAGAAACUCCAAGUAUUCUACGAGUGCCAUAUGAACCCUCUCGGCGAGCUGGCAAAUUUUCAAAAACCUAAGCUAAUGCCAACACUCCUUGGUAUUAAUUAAGAGGGUGGAUUGCUUAGUCCAGUGUUUUGAUAUUGUAAAUUUCAUAUUCAUGUUUUGUCCUAAAAGCAUUUGACUCCAAAUUUAAGUUAGUAUUAGUUUUUGAAUCUGUAUAUAAACUCCAGGUUUUACAAGAUAGAUGUAAACUCCUUUUACUGCAGAACAUUCCUUUACCUUGAACAUGUACUUACAGGUAUGCUUUAUUUUCAAAAUAUUAUGGUUAGUUUGGAUAAUUGUGUACAAUAGUCAUCUAAUAUACAUACUUGAAUAUUUAUUUUGCACUUCAUUCAAACACUUUGGGAUUUUGCAGCAUGCUUCCAGAAUGAAUGUGCAUAGUCAGAAUGUGUUUUGCAGCUCUUAAUAUGAAGGAAAAUGUGAUGUACUUUAGGAAUCACUAUUAAAUGAGGCAAUAAUACAUUUUUGCCUGAGGGGAUGAAGUAGAGCUUAUAUUACAUUUGUGCUCUUGAAGAAAUGUGAGCUUUUCAAAUGGCAAAUUCCAUAAUCUAUAUGGAUGGAACAGAGCUUAAUAUAUAUGAAGGUACAGCAUGCCAUUGGUUUAGGCACACAGAUGUAUAUUUUAAACAAGAGAAAUAAAACAGAAGAAACUAGUGGAUAAUACCUCAUUUGUUUAGACUAUAAGAAGCAUGGAGAGAAAAGCUGACAGGAACUUUCUAAAUAUUAAUAUGUCAGCCAGCGUAUACAUGUGUGUUUAGGGGUUUGCCUGUAUACACAUAUGCAUCAUUUGGAUUCUGCAAUAUUUGAGACGAGAUUGAGAUUAACUUGCUUGUUUUCUCCAAUAUAGGAAAUUAUUUUUUAAAAUUGAUUGCAAUUAUUUCAGUACUGUAUUCUGUGUCAGAGUCAAAUAUUGUCCUCUAUUAAAGAGUGAUGGACAUAGUGACUCAGCAUGUCUCUGACUAAAUAAAUUUAUGUGCAUUGUUGUGCAACUAUUUCAUAGUGGUAAAUGCAAUUCUAAUGGAAAAUAUUGCCAUACAGAAAAUAUUGUUUACUAUAUUGUAAUCCUUUAUUUUACAAAAAUUCAGGCAGAAUGAUUGCUAGUAUGAAGUGCAAAUAGGCUUAGACAUAAGGAGUAUGCAGUGUUGGGAAGAAUGAAAUGAUGUUUUUCUUCAAUUUUCUUCUUGAUUGUGUAAUGCACAUUUUUUCAUGGACAAACAUAUAAGCAUUUCUAUGGAGAAAAAUGGAAAAUAUUUUUCCUUUUUCAGAGUAAUAAUAAGUUUAAUUCAGAAAGUUUUGUUUUUGAUUAUGUAUUAUUGAUUAAAACCCUUUUGUAACUAAAAUAGCUUAAUGUAUUAUCAGAAAGAGCAACAAUUCCUUGUAUUUUUAAAUUUUCUUAACCACAUUAAGCAGCAUAUUGUGCCAUGAACAGAGAUCCCAUUUGGAUUAUUAGACUUUGGUUUAUUUUGGGAGAUAGUUUGCAUACAUUUUUCCUCUAUAAUUCAAAUAAAGUACAAAUUCUAAGC